AUGAUCGGUCCUGUAGUCCAAGACGACCUCAUAUCGAUUCACGCUCGAUUCCGUCUGCACCGCAUCGGCAUUGUAGCCGACGUAGCGAAGAUGUACCGAAUGAUCAACAUGUGCCCUGAAGGCCAGAAGCUGCAGCUGAUUCUGUGGAGGAAGUCCCCGGAUGAGCCCAUCGAGAUCUACCAGUUGACCACCGUUACGUACGCUAGCGCAGGACGGAGAAUCCAGCCAUCCGACAGCAGCGAAGGUCCUACGAAAAGACUUCUACGUCGACGAUAUGACAUCUGGUUCGACACUCCCGAGGAAGGCAAACAACUCGUUGAAGAGAUAAUCGAUCUGACCGAUUCAGCAGGACUCACGUUGCGCAAGUGGAAUUCGAACUGUGAGGAGGUGCUCAGUGGCCUACAACCGCAUCUGCGAGAUAAACGGGCGAUACACGAAAUGAAUAAUCCGCCGCCAACUGCCACUGUGAAGACUUUGGGUCUCGUCUGGUGUCCGUCGACCGACAAUUUCCAGUUCACCGUUCCUAGCUGGAGUACAACGGCGGUAAUCACGAAGCGUGUUGUCAUUUCCGAUGCGUCGAAGCUGUUUGAUCCCUUGGGACUAGUAGGUCCUGUCAUCGUCGAAACCAAGAUAUUCAUCCAGACCUUGUGGAAACUGGAAGCGAAUUGGGACGAUCCACUCCCGCCAAAUCUUCAAACGUUCUGGUUGGACUACCGCAGAAAUUUGAGUUCGCUUGAAUCCAUCAGCAUCCCGCGAUGGGUCGGUUUCGCUAAGGACUCGGUAUGCACCGAAUGGCACGGUUUUUGUGACGCAUCAGACAACGCGUAUGGAGCAUGCUUGUAUCUCCGAAGUACCUCCCCGGACGGCAACGUUCUCACCUGUAUGAGAAGGCAUGUAGCGGGUAUCGAGAAUCCUGCCGACGUUCUCUCUCGAGGUAUAUCAGCUGCUCAGCUCGAAUACCAGCCCCUCUGGUUCAACGGGCCAGUUUGGCUGCACCAAAGUCGGAAUUUCUGGCCAGAGGAUUCCGGAGUCACCGUCGAUCAACUAGAUCCAGCAUCAUUGGAAGAACGAAAGGCCGUAGCGUUACCGGUCCAAGCAGUCCCUCCCAGCGAAAUCUUUUCACUGCGCUCGUCCCUGUCGCCCCUAGUCCGGCUGGUUGCUUGGAUACGUCGAUUCAGGUACAACUCGCAGAGAGUGAACCGCAAUUCCAGGAAGACCGGGUAUCUCAGCUCGCAGGAGUAUGAGGAUGCGCUGCUCCAGUUGGUGCGGUUGUCUCAAGCGGAAUGCUUCCCGCAGGAGGUAGCAAUUUCGGAAGACCGGAAGCACCCGAUGAUUAUCGACCACCGUCACCCGCUCGCCUCGAUGAUUAUCCAGCACUACCAUCUGAAGAUGCUCCAUUCCGGGCAGCAGGUAGUCAUCGCCAGCACCAGAGAGAGGUUCUGGAUACUGAACAUUCGGAAGCUCGCGUGGAAGGUCCUCCACGAGUGUGUCACAUGCUUCCGAAUGAGACCACGAUGCCAGGAACAGUUGAUGGCGGAGUUGCCGCCGGAGAGAGUGAAUCCGGCACCACCAUUCCUCAAGGUUGGAGUGGAUUACUGCGAUCCGUUCCUGGUUACCUAUCCGCAGCGCCGUAGUCCUCCCGUAAAAUGCUUUGUAGCAGUCUUUGUCUGCCUCGUGGUUAAGGCGGUUCACGUCGAGCUAGUCGCUGAUCUCACCACGGAGGCGUUUCUGGCAGCCCUGAAGCGUUUCACUGCCCGGCGAGGACGUCCGGCACUGAUAAUGUGCGACAACGCGAAGAAUUUCGUUGGAGCAAAGCGGGAACUUCGACUACUGUUGAACCUGUUCGAGCAGCAGCAGUUCCAGAACGCAGUAGCCUGCAACGCCGCAGCCGAGAACAUUGAGUUCAAAUUCAAUCCGGCUAGAUCACCCAACUUCGGUGGUUUGUGGGAAGCAGCGGUGAAGAGCUUCAAGACAACAUUCAAGAAGGUCAUCGGAACACGAACACUGCUGUACGACGAAAUGCAGACUGUCCUCACGCAGGUCGAAGCGGUGUUGAAUUCCAGGCCUCUCACUCCGAGAGCGCAAGGUUACACCCAGCAACUGUGGAAGAAGUGGACUACACUGUACCUCUCCGACUUGCACAACCGGACGAAGUGGACAAGACAACGUGACAACAUCGAUGUUGGGACAAUGGUCUUGUUGAUGGACGAACGGCUUCCGCCGUUGAAGUGGAACCUCGGCCGUGUUACUGAGGUGUUCCGAGGCUCGGACGGAAACAUCCGAGUGGUAGACGUGCAUACCAGCACUGGGGUAUUUCGGAGAGCAAUCUCGAAGAUUUGCGUGCUCCCGAUCAGGGACAACGUGGAGUCAUCCAACGAAGAGGCAUAA